ACGCCGGCCCCGCCCCACGCCGGCCAUGGCGGCCCCCGCGCGGCCGCUGCAGCUGACGCUGGCGCUGCUCAAGCCGGACGCGGUGGCCCAUCCGCUCGUGCGCGAGGCCGUGCACGCCGCCAUCCUCCGUCACCGGUUCCUCAUCGUCCGCGCCAAGGAGCUGCGGUGCGGCGCGGAGCAGAGCCGCCGCUUCUACCGGGAGCACGCAGGGCGUUUCUUCUACCAGCGGCUGGUGGAGUUCAUGGCCAGUGGCCCCAUGUGGGCUUACAUCCUGGCCCAUGAGAAUGCUAUCCCUCUCUGGAGAUCCCUGAUGGGACCCACUAAAGUGUUCCGAGCUCGACACAGCCACCCAGACUCCAUCCGAGGUGCCUACGGCCUUACGGACACCAGGAACACAACCCAUGGCUCAGACUCACCUGCCUCAGCCAGCAGAGAAAUUGCCUUUUUCUUCCCCGAGUUCGACGAGCGGCGCUGGUACGAGCAGGACGAGCCCCGGCUGCGGCACGCGCACUGCGUGCUGCGGGCACAGCAGGCACAGGUACAGAUCCAGGGAUCUGCAGGACAUCACUGCUGUCCUUGUCCUCAGCAGUGUCCAGAGGGGAUCUGCUCAGGAUCCUGUGUGUCUUCACAGAGGUCUGAGAGCUGCUGUCCCCAGUGCUGUUGAUACUUUAUUGAUAUUUUGUCAGUUGUUUUAUUGAUUCCCAGAGGUUUUGCUCAGAUUUGUGUGUUUUUCUUUUAACUAUUAAACUUUACUAUUUUUCACCUUU